AGUCACGUGGCCCUACAGCAGAACAACAUGGAGGUGGAGGAAAAUUCUUUGGAGUCUCCGUAUGUACUUUAAUUUCCUGUUUAAUAUGUUUUGACAGUUAAAGUAUUUCUGUCUGUAUAGUGUAAAUUGUGUGUACUGUUUGCAUGAGUGAUAAGAAGUGAAACUUUUCGGUGGAGAUGAAAUUAUGUGCCUUGAACAGUGCUUUCAUUUUGCUUCCUAAGUCUGCAUGUUAAACUCUGCGUGCAUUCUCCAUCUUUCCCGCGCAAAAUAUUUGUGGCCACAAAAUGUUUUAAAACUUGAAGAAAGUCUACAGUAACUUGAUAGGUUUUAAUGAUGUGGACAAAGAAUCAAAGAAAAGAAGACAGAGAAGGCGCAGGUUACAGGGUUGCCAGAAGCAAACUGAAACAUUGUGUGAAUAGACCAUUUCACGGUUUUUUCAACUGUUGACAUGAACAAGUUAGGGUGAGUCCGACGACAAUACUGGAACGAGCGCCUUAACAUUAGCAAAAUUCCCAAAUUUAAAAGUGAUACGUCUUUAGCGAGAGAAGAUAUAGCUCUGCAAGGUUGCAAAAAUUUACAGACGUUUGUAUGGUGGGGAACAAGAUAAAUAAUGAUUUAGAGGUAGCACAUCCACAUAGUGGUUAUUCUACCCUGUGAGCAGAGGUUACAUUUCGCUGUGGGAGCUGGUGUGCGAAAAGUAGCCAAAUCCGUCCUGAAAUCUGGACAAAUAAAUUAAAAAACGGGUUUUUUCCUGUUCUUGACCGGUUUAGAGCAUUGCGUGAGUCUUGCGUAGCAGAUCAAAGUUGUCGCAUUUUUUUAUUCCCGCGAUACCCACGCCAUUUGAUGAGAAACCUGACAAUUAAUUUUGCUUGCGAAUCCUGUGACGAAUUUCGUGCAUGCACGAUAGAAAAUUGAACGGUUGUCAGCAGAGACUACUUUUUGCACGUCAGCUCACACAGCGAAAAUGUAGUCUCUGCUUGCAGGGUAACCUUAUUCCUGGUUGAAUUGGAAUUUGGACAUGUUAGUUUUUGAGGAGAGGAUCUAACCAGAAUACUCAGAGAAAAACCUCUCAAAGCAAGGAAAAGAACCAACAACAAACUCUACCCUAGUAUGCAUACAUGCCAACUCUCCUGGAUUAUCCGGUAGUCUCUCAGCGAUCUCCCGCUCUCCCAUACGGGUCACCAUACCUCCCGAAUGAAAUCAUCUUUUGUGGAUAGCGUUGUCCAACUUUUGAACAACUGGGGCCUGGUCCAAUCUUAGCCCAAACAGAAACUAUGGACUUUCCCCACCAAUGUUGAAGAUCUAGAUAAUUUACAUAAUUUAAUACAGUUUUUGUUUGAUUCUAUAAAGGAUGAGCAGAAAGUGUGAAAACAUCUUUUAAAAUUUGGUUGAAACACAUUGUUUUUUUCUUUGACAAUGCCAAAGAAAAUAAUUCAUCCCAAGCUGAAUUACUACUAAUUUUUUUUGAAAACACCGUGUUCUUUUUUGCACUAUGUGUUUUACUUAUGAAGUAGUGUGGUAUAACAAGAAACCUUUUACAUUUGAAUUUACUCAACAUUUGUAAGAGCAAAGAAUUUGUUAUACAGUCUACUGAAUUUUGGAUUCAAAAAGUAUUAAAAUGUUUUGCUUCUUUUUCAGAAUGUUAGUAGAAAACAAGCCUGACUGGUCUGGAAGAUGGAGCCAUCUUCAGAAACUACUGAUGAGGAGUGGACCUUUAGCGCAUCAAGACUUUGAACCAGGAUCUCAGGUGAAAAUAUUUAGCAGAGAAACAAAUUUUUAUCUAUUUUUCCCAGAACCAAGUUUAUUAUUUAUGGAUUAUCCCGAGGAUCACUCUGUAAGAUUAAUAAAAUAUGGGACUGAUCUGCAAAAACAGAAGGAUUUGCAAUAUUAUUAUUGUCUUUGAAACAUCUAAACCAAAAAUUGAUUGGUGACAAUUUUUGUUUUGAGAACAUUUCUCUGCAUUCAUCUGGAAACUAUAUUAACCCUUAACCGGCCAUCACAUCUGUCAUUACUUAAUGGAGAGAAUAAUGGCUUAACGACAAAUGAUUGAUGAGAAAAACUCCUUUUUCAUUUAGUGGGUUUGUCCAGUUUUUAUCCUGGACAAAUUUUUUUCCGUGGAGUGAAACCUGUGACUUAGUUUCUACAUCAGAUCAGGGCUUGGUAAAAUUUUGAAAUCCAGCUUGUCCUUUAGAUGAGUAGUUCUCAUAUUUUGCAUGCCAGGGGUCAAUGGAUUUAUGGUUGGGCAGUGCUCGAGCAUCACCUGGUGGUCCCUGGUGCUCAGCUUUUGCUGUCAGGCAUGUGCUAAGAUUUAGGAGACUCACCGAAGCUUAGCUCUAUUUAUAUAAUAGUCAACUCUCUCUUAGUGGAUAUCGCUAUGAGAUGGGCACCUCGCUUCUCCAAGAUGGAUAUGUUACAGGUAAAAAUUAAAUUCAGGUCUCCUAGCCCUAAUUCGUGAAUGUAAUAUUAGGGCUAGCAGACAAAGGAAAUGACGACCACUAGGUUUCGAAACUUUAACCUGAACUUUACAUAUUCUUUCCUUCAUUUAUGAAAGCUGCAUAAAAAGAACAUUUAUUUAUUUAAUCUAGGUUAAUGUUAUUGUGACUUUUUUGGUUUUCCUACUGCAGGUUCUUGAAUUCAUGCUGGAAUCAGCCAAAAUCUUAGUUAUUGGAGCUGGAGGUUUAGGAUGUGAACUUCUUAAGGAUUUAGUGAGUUUGUAAUGUUGGUGCUGGAACUGAAAAUACACGUAAUUCUGCUGCAGCAUUUUGUUACAUGUAGUGAAGAGUUGCAGUACAGUAGUCUUUAGAAGUGUUACCGUAAAAUUCCGAAAAUAAGACCCUCCAUGUAUAAGCCCCUCCAAAUAUAAGCCCCUCCAAAUAUAAGCCCCCUAAGCCGGUAAUGCAAAAAACACUCCUUUAAAUGGCCCCUCCAAAAUAAUAUAAGCCACCCAGGGGCUUGUACUUGGAAAAUUUCCCUCGACUACAAAGUAAAACAAAGCAAAAACGGUAAAUUUACUUCCAACUAUAAGAAUAGCCCAAUCGAUUUUGAAACGCAAAUUUCCCUCCAUAGAUAAGCCCCUCGGAAUAUAAGCCCCUCCAAAAACAAGCCACUCAAAAAGGGUCUUUGAAAAAUAUAAGCCCCGGGGCUUAUUUUCGGAAUUUUACGGUAUUUUUCUGUUAACUGACUUCAAGUGAAAUACAGUUACAUUAAGACAGAAUCCAACAGAAAAUUGAGGAAUUUUAAUUUUCACUGGACAAAAACCUUGUAACAGAAAAAUUUAAAGAAUAUCGCAUUCAUUUUUACAUUUUUUAUCCAAGGGCUAAAGAUGUAAUUAAUCAUCUGUAACAACACCAAAGAAAAUUUCUCAUGGGAUUCCAAGAAAAUGAAUACAUGUCUAGUUUCACAAGAAUUGUGAAAAAACAGGUAAAAUUCUGAAAAUUUCAUGUGUAAGAUGUAAUUUUGUGAAAUUUGACAUUCAUUUUCUUGGGCUUCCAUCAGACAUUUUCUUUGGUGUUAUUUACAGAUGACUAAUUACAUCUUCAGCCCUUGAAGAAUGUUUAAACAAAUGCAAAUAUUCUUUAAAUUGUUCUGGUACAAGGCUUUUGUCCACUGAAAAUUAAAAUUACUCAAUUUCCUGAUGGAGUCCGUCUUAAUUUUUUCCCUAUUAUAACAUUUUGAUGCUCAAAAACAUAACAUUAUUCAAACAUGUUCUUAUGAGAUUUUUUUAGAACCUUUUUUUGGAUGUUUGAAAAAUCCAGGUUAAAAUAAGUUAUUACUAACAAAUAAUACUAUUGCUGGUUGGAACAACCUUGUUUGUGAUAUAUUGUAAAGUUGGCAUGUAUACUUAAAAUUUGACUCAAUGUCUGUUUUUAACUCUCCAGGCACUAAGUGGAUUUAGGAACAUAGAUGUUAUUGAUAUGGACACCAUAGAUGUAUCAAAUUUAAAUAGGCAGUUUCUUUUCAGGUAUAUUAAUAAAAAUCCAGUUCUACUUAAUGUUGCAUAAUAUUAUAUGAUAUAUGUAUCCAAUGUCAGAAUUACAUUAUGAAUGCCCUUCUCUUCCCCUGUUGGUGGUCCUGUGUUUGUGGUCUGUGUUAGUAUUCCUGUGACUGUCUUAGUAACUGUACAAGAAAUGUGACCCUAUUUGGGAAAAGGGGGAUUGGGCAAUUCCAGAAAAUAUCCAUACCCAACCACGGACGGCUUCCAUGUUUUAUCCCCCCCUUGCCUUCGGAAAUUCCAAAAUGCGUUACCCCCCCAUGCCCUCAGAAUUCCAUAAUCGUGAACCCCCCCUCCCCUUCAGAAUUUCCGUUUUUUGGAAGUACAUUUUCAACUUAGCAACGCCUAUAUGAACAAACGAACAUGACUUUAUGCCUCCUCAAGGCUGUGAUCUAGCGGCGCCAGGCGACAAGCUUUCAGACUCUAACCUACCGCUAGUAGACAGGCUGUGCAAAAAACCCCUUUUUAGGUCCGAAUUUGGCAAUAAAAAUAAACACCACUAACGGCAAUUUUACUCCUCUUUGUUUUCUUGUGCUGUUUUGACGUUUACAAAGCAAAAUAGCUCAAAUUCUGACCGUUAAAAUCUUUCGGUGGUCAAAUACACCGUCGAGGCGUGUUGCGUCCUUUUAUACGUCAUGAAGUGUGCACGAAAAGUGUUCUAAUCUGACAGGCGUUCCUUGGAAGCCAGCGACUGGUGCGAGUUUUUUUACUGUUCAUCGGACUGGAGUAACACGAAACUUGCAAGCAGUAAGAUACAUAUUCCGUUUUUUUUUUCAUGUGACAAGAAAUUCAUCAAGGUUAAUGUGAAACCCACGUUUUACUGUUCACUUCUAUAAGUUAUGAGCGUAAACACGUGUCUGAUCUUUCGAUGCUUGUCUUCUGCUUCCGCGGUCAUACGUUCGUGGUUUAUUUACGAACUACAAAAGUCCACAACAAUAGCGUUUGCAAGGAACUCACUCUACACUUUCUACUCCAGAAAUCCCACCUGUGGAAUUCCGCCAUGCCUUCGGAUUUCCAAUCGUAAAUACCCCCCCAUGCCCUCAGAAUUCCAUAAUCGUGAACCCCCCCUCCCCUUCGGAAAUCCUAAAAGCCGUCCGUGGUAUGGUAUGGAUAUUUUCUGGAAUCGCCCAUUAAGGUGAAUUUAGAAAACAGCGUUCUAACGCGUUUAAUCGGCUUCGUCGAAAAGCGUGGAAACGCAUUUUGUAUGCGUUUAAACAGAUUUUUAAUGCGUUUAAACAACCGGCUCUGUUGCACUUCAAUAUUGCAUUUCGUAUGAUGGAAAGUAAGCUAAUUUAGUUGUAUUUGAAUGAAUAAAUUACCAGUGUUUUAUUAUAUGAAAUGCGAAGAUUAGGGUGAAUGUCUUCCAACUCACUGUGUCAAAAUGAUCAAUUCACCAGCAACUUACCUUUUGCCUUUCCUUUCUACACAGCAGAUGGGUAAAAAAUUGUAUUGCAGUAAUCAUCACAUUCCGUCUAUAAUAUCGUUUUUUCUGUGAGCGCCUCAUGUACACCGACUUAGCCCACUUGCAGUGCAAGAAUGUCGUGCUAUCAACGGGAGCAACCAAAUAAUUAGCACACGCAGGAAAGAAGAUGCGCUUUUCGAGUCUUCCUAAGAGUGGAGCAAGCAGUCGAAUUUGAGCCUACGGAUUCUGUAGUUUUCAUGUUGAAUACAAUAGCCAACAAUAUUGCUCAAAGAAACGCAAACUACCUAACGACGCUUCAAAAUGUUUCUAUCGGCAUAUCGGGCUUCACCAACAGGCUGGUCAAUCCUUUUUCUCAAGCUUGUUUUAAUCUUUUUAUGCUCUUUAAAACCUUCACAUUCGACUCCUUCGUUUUUCCUCUUCGGAAUUUUUGGCGACAAAAGCACGUCGCCAGAAGCGAAGCAGAAUCGAAGAAAUAAUGGCGCAAGCCUUCGUCAUGUAUUUUCGCAUUCAGGGUCACUGGUCACGAUGUCGUGACGCUCGCCCCGUAACAACAGAAAAUAUCAGCUUUUCGCCCGCUUUUAUAACGAGAAAACUUUGACUGUACCUCUAAGGAAUGUGAGUAAGCUUGUGCGCAGGGAAGAUCACUUAUUGAAUAAACCUCCAAAUUCUAUGUGUUAUGAAUCAAGGUUUCAAUAAAUUUCAUUCCGUGACUGGCGAGUGUGGGAAUGUUAUCGCUAAUUCCCUUGAGACAUCCUAGGCUGUAAUCUAAUUGGUCGGCACCUUUGCAGGAGAUCCCAUUACAUAUCUAGGCAAACAUUUUCCACCGUUGAAUGAAGGGCGCAAACAUUCAUACAUUGUAAGUUUUUUGCAUCUAGUUCUGUUUCGAGAUGGAAGUUCUGUUGAUGUUUUUGGAUGGAACAGCUCAAAGGUAUUUGUAAACAACGACACUGUACAGUGAAUUCUACGCUAUAAAGUACCGACGAAUCGAACCAAAGCAAGCAACACAGAUACAAGAAUCUUAGCUGGGGUACGCAUGCACUUACAAGAUUAAAACGUUCACGAUAAUGUACGUUCCUUAGUCCUUUGUAAAAUUUAACGACGACCAAAGUAAAAUUGGGUUGAAUUCCUUCAUGAAAAAAGUGUAGCAGAUCGUGGAUCAUGGAAAAAACGUCAAGGUGAGCGAUGUCAGGCUUACGCUGUUGCAGCGAAUCGAAAAUCAUUUGGUUUGUGUCCGUGCAAACGUUAUGUAGCACAAUCGCUCUUAUUCUCUUUAUUUUUAAAAAAGAUAAACUUCAUUGUCUGCAUGUUAAUGCAUGUUCUUACAUUUAGAUGAGUGACCGUGAUUGCUGAAUAUUUACAAAGCGAGACUGUUGCAGAUUUGUUAUGUCACGUGCUUUUGUAACGUGUACGCGUGGAUUAAAAGUAUCAGUUGCAUUUUGACUUUCUUGUGGUUUUUACACCGUUACUGUACUAAGGCCUUGUCAACUCCUCUACCAUGUCUCAUGAUUAUUGCAUUAUUGAAGUCUGCAAUUCGUUUUUUUUUGUACUGACGAGUGGUAGGCCAUUACCGGUAACAACAUUUUAUCUUUUCGAAGCCACUUUGCAGCCCAGAUCGUGAUUCGGGAAUUUUCUGCACCGCUGCUACAGCGCUGUUUAUCGCUCCAUCAUGUAAUAUUCAUUCGUACAUUCCUCACUUCAGCUGAAGUUUAUGCUCAUGAUUUACGUACUGAGUCACCGAGUAUUUAGUGUUUUGUUUUCUUCCUCGAAGAACUCCGCCAUAUUUGGUUGGACUUUCGAUCCCGCAUUUCCUCUCCGUUCCGAGUCCUUGAAUUAAGUUUUCGAUGGUUUGUCGAGCUGCAUUGCUUCAAAUAAAUCAGAGUAACCCCGGAUGACACCCAAUAAUGAAGCAAGUGUCCAUGUAAUUAUGCGCUCAUUUGAGGUAAAUUAACAGCGUUUAAACGCGUCGUUUGUAUAAAGCUCUUUCGACAUAAAAAUCUUUCGCACGCGUGUUUUGUGUGUUUAAACGUUGUUUAAAUACGUUUAAACGAUGUUUUAACACGUUUACGUUUAAAACGAUAGAAAACACGUUUUUUUGUUAUUCACCUUAAUCCCCCUUUUCCUAAAUAAGGUCACAAAUAACAGUUUUAUUUCUUGUAGUUUGAAAUGCUUCUGGUGUGUGAGAUUCGGAAGUUCUACUGGGGUCUGUCAUAAAACUUAGGUGCACGUAUUAAUGGUAGAUAAUAAUUUAUAUUAGAUUGUAAUAUAUUUUGUCACUUUGCAGACCGAAAGAUAUUGGUAGAGAAAAAGCUGUAGUGGCUGCGGAAUUUGUCAAUAGCCGUGUCGCAGGCUGCAAUGUUACACCGUAUCCUAAUCAGGAAAGCAUGAUGUUUUUGAAAGCAAAAUUUGAAUUAUUGUAAGUUGUGUUCACUGUAACUUUCUGUACCUGUAACCUUCAAAAAGGGUUCCACAAUCCUUGACAGAAAUUGUACAGCCAUUUCAAAAAGAUUCAAGAUUAUGAUGCAGAUUUUUAUAGAGGUUGGUACAAAAUGUUGGUACAAAAUGUAGUUUAAAAAGCAUGAAAGUUAAUAAAUUCUGUUGUAAGACAUGACACUUUCAUAUUUUUUUCACAUUUCAAUUCAGUGACAUAACUUUGCUCACUGUGAUGUAUUUGCCAGGAUUUCAUCUCAUUGUGUGCGGAUUAGAUUCCAUUGUAGCCAGAAGAUGGAUUAAUGGAAUGGUGGUAUGUAUUAAACAGCUAUAAUCAGAACUUUUACAACCUUCCACAUUAUUUAGCAAUUAUUGAAUGAGGCUGAGUAGGAUAUGAAGAAUUCUGCAGAUCAAAGAGAUCGAGUGUUAUCCGCCGAGGCUGAAGGCGGAGGUGGAUAGCACCCUCCAAGAUCUGCAGAAUUCUUCAUAUCCUGCGAUAGCCAAAUUCAAUAUUGCUUUAUUAUUCAUUCAAAAUAAUUCCAACUUUAAAAACAAGCUAAAAAUGCUUACCUCAGUCGAUGUUAAGUUCACAUCAAUAGUGCACCUUUUGCGGGAAAUAGUACAUAAAGGUCUGCUCAGGUCUGCAAAUAUACUCCAAAUAGCAGAUGUUGUCCGUCAAGUUGACUUCUCGCUGUUCUUGCUAUGUUUUUAGACAAUAUUUCACCGUGAAACGAGUACAAUGUUCGCCAGACAGUUCCGCCAUUUUGUUCAAACAACCAAAACAACUCAACCUCAUCCCCAGGUUUCCUCGGUCAAUGGUUCAAUAUGACAGUUCAAUAUGACAGUUGAGCUGCUGGUUAUUUUGAAUUAUGCGUGUGGUUUUUUUACCCAAUCAGAAACGGGGAAAUAUUUUGAAUGAAUAAUAAUAAUGGUUAUUGGACAGUAUACAUAAUGGACAGUAAAUGUACAUGUUAUUGCACACCCUGUAAAUGGCGCAGUUGCACUUUAGUGGAUUACUCUACUGCAAAGUUUUUCACAUUUUUGCCUUGCCUUUAUUCUGUGAUUCUGUGAUCUUAAAAGUUUCUAGGAAAGUGCAUGGAAGAGAGUAACAGAGAGAAAACCAAUAUUGUGCCAUUAUCAUGCCAAAUUCAUCAAGAGAGAUUUGUUUUGUUGUAGCUUAGUUUAUUAGAAUAUGAUGAGGAUGGGACAUUGGACCAAACAAGUGUUAUCCCUGUGGUGGAUGGAGGCACAGAGGGUAAGUCUAAGGUGAAUUGUGUUUUAUCAGAUAUCUUCUAGGAAAGACAAGAUUGCCUCAAAUGCUGGGCUAAUUAUGGGAUUUCAAAGGAAUGUCACCCAUCACUGUAAGAGAAUGGAAGAAAUAACCUCCUUGUUGAUAACAGAUUUUAUUGUCACAACGAUGAAUGAGUCCUAAAACGAUAACAAAGCAAAAAUACAAUAAAAUAUCAAAAUGAGGACUAGAUAAACUAAAAAGAAAAAGGGAUAGUGUCUAAAGAAAAAAUGUAGUGGGAAUGAACUUACAGUGAAUUAACGUCCACUGGCCACCAGUUAAUAUGCGAACUGAAUGUUCAAGAAAAACAAUAUGGCUGACCCAGAAAAUGGUCAGCGGAUCAACAAGGACCCGUUAGAUGCUUAGUGUAUGAAACCUCUUCAAGAACCUCCUAUACCAUACCAAGGUCACACUUCUCUGAGGCACAAAGCGGAUCCUCAGGAUGGCAGGCUUGCAGAGAGUUAACAGUAAUAUUUUGUUUGGAUUGUAGGCUUUAAAGGCAAUGCUCGUGUCAUCAUUCCUGGACUAACAGCUUGUAUAGAGUGUACACUUGACCUCUACCCACCACAGGUAAGACUUUUCUUGACUUGUUCGAUAGUUGUAGAUAGUUUCCUUGCUUAGUUUGCUUUAUGGCUGAUCGACAUCCUGUACAUGUGUUUUCUUGCCAGGUUAAUUUUCCAUUAUGCACCAUAGCACACACCCCUCGACUACCAGAACACUGUGUAGAAUAUGCCAAGGUGUUAGUAUGGCCUCAAGAACAUCCUUUUGGAGGUAUGUACAGUAUUUUCAUCAGUCCUUAACUUUGCAUGCCAUUUGCAUUUUCAUUUUGCUGUGCUACAGAAACCAUCAACUUUCAAACACUUUGCCAUUACAAACAAUCACUGAUUUUAUUCAGCUAGAUAGUUAAACUGAAGUAAUCCUCUAUGAUUGUUGGAAUCUUUAUUUUCAUACUUUUAGUCCAUUAUUGAUAGAACAAAAACUAUAAAGACUAUAAAGCUGCAGGCUACCCAAGAUUAAUUCCCAAGUAAAAAACGAUAAAAUGUUUCAAUUAUUGUUUCUUAUUAUAGAGCUGUGAAAGUACUGUAAAAUUCCGAAAAUAAGCCCCGGGGCUUAUAUUUUUCAAAGGCCCUUUUUGGGGGGCUUAUUUUUGGAGGGGCUUAUUAGGGAAAUUUGCGCUUAAACAUCAAUUAGGCUAGCCUUAUUCUGGGUAGUAAAUUUACCGUUUUUCUUUGUUUUACUUUGUAUUUGAGGGCAAUUUCCAAGUACAAGCCCCCCAGGGGGCUUAUAUUAAUUUUGGAGGGGCAAUUUAACGGAGGGUUUUUUGCGUUACGAGUUUGGGGGGGCUUAUAUUUGGAGGGGCUUAUACAUGGAGGGGCUUAUUUUUGGAAUUUUACGGUACCUUUUAGGGAUCUAUCUAUACAGGUAUUGAACUAAAAAAUGUAGGGGCCUAUUUUGUUACUCAACUGAAUUUUUAUACCUCUUGGGGUUAAAAUGAAUUAAAGCCACAACCUCAAAGUAAGUUCUGGUAUCUGUAAGGGGCUCUUGAAAAUCCCACCAUUUUUAUAGCAGAUACAUUCAUGAUUAUUUUUUCAGAGGGAGUUCCUGUUGAUGGAGAUGAUCCAGCUCAUGUUCAGUGGAUUUAUGACAAAGCAAAAGAAAGAGCUGACAGCUUUAACAUUCAGGGAGUCACCUACCGGCUUACACAAGGUAAUUUCAAUUAGUGACAAUUUGCCAUAAUUUUGAUAAUUUGCACAACUACUUUGUUGUCUAAUAAAUUUGUCAUCUUAUUAAGGUGUCGUCAAACACAUCAUCCCUGCUGUGGCCUCCACCAAUGCUGUAAUUGCUGGUAAAUAUGCUUUCUGUUCUUUUUAUUUGUUCCUUGAGCCUUCCAGUAUGGUUAGUCAAUCCCAUCAUUUGGAACAAACUUUUCCUUCAAUCCUGUAAUCUUGAAAUUUUUAAUUGGCUAAUUCCAAUCCUGGACAUAUGUUUUAAAAAGUGCCAUACAGAGGGUCCAGAUUUUCUCAAAUAUGAACUCCCCAUGGCAGAUAGGAAAAGGGAAAGCAUCAAGGUGAGGUCAUAAUAUCUAUGCUCCACAUGGCUAGUGGGAGAAUGUGGAUAGUUUGUGUUCAGCCAAAAAUGAAAAACGUCUUGUCAAUGUUAGGUUUUACAAAAUGCAGCUUAGUGUUCUAACAGGAAAAAAUUUCCAAACCCUACAUUAUCAAAUCCCAAAGUUCCAAAUCUUCCUGUUUUAUUUUUUAGGACUGUAUGAAAAAGAGAUUGGUAAUUUUUGUGCAAUGUUUACUUUGGGUGCAGAAGGUUGUAAGCCAAAUUAAGGAGGAGACUCUCUUCUUUGGUCAAUGACUCUAAUUUUCUCUUGUUAUUUGUGUCAUGCCAGCUGCUUGUGCUCUGGAAGUUUUCAAACUGGUCUCCAGGUAAGGGUCUGUUAAAUCUCUGGAAUUCCAGGGGGUGGGAAGGGCAUGGUUUAUACAUGUCGUAGUGGUCUCGCAAUCUCACUUUCGGUAAGAUUUCUGCACAGUACCAUACAUGCAGUUUCAUUGUUUUUCUUGCUAAAAGUUUAUUAUUGUGAACAGAGUUGAAAAUGUUUGCACAAUAACAUCAUUUCCUUUGGAACAUAUUUGGGAACCUUGAGAACAUUGCAGAUGUCUGCAGAGAUGAGUCUUUUUGUACAUAGAUUAUCUUUAAAAUAAUAUAAUAUUAACUGUCUUUAUUCUUGAAUAGCUGCUGCAAUCCAUUAAACAACUAUAUGGUGUUUAAUGACACGGAUGGAUUGUACACGUAUACCUUUGAGGCUGAGAGAAAGGUAUGUAAGAAUAUUAUAUUAAAAAAAAAAGAUUUUUCUAUUAUAGUUAAUUCUGUUUUUUGACUCUAUAUUGUAAAAAUGUGUACACUGUAGCACAAGUAUGAAUUCAGCCAUAGGUAAUAUUGAAGCAUGCAUGUUCUAUACCGGAAUUCAGUCAAGAUUUUAACAGCCGUGUCUUACUUUUUACAGUUAGUUGAUUUUACUAUUGUUAAGUGGUGGCAAAUAAACUUGCCUCUUUGUAAAAAUCCACCUGCAGUUGUUUUGUUAUAAAUGUCCAAAAAUGUUUAUUUUUCAUAGUGAGCAGAAGGCAAAAAUAAAGUACAGUCAAACCUGCAUGUGCGACCACCUAUCUUACGCAACCGCUUCCUCAAAACACUAAAAUUUGCCAGUCAUAGCUCUGUAGUUUGAAUCUCUCCUUAAUGACCACCUCUCAUGACCUAAUACUACCACCAUUUGAGGUGAUGGUUUUAUGAUUUUCCAUUUUUUUAACCACUUGUAUCUGAAGAACUUUUUAGGAUGAAAUGUAACUUCACAUUAUCAUAACUCAGAAAUUGCAUGUACAGUCGAAUGUCCACUAAUGGUCACCUCUCCACAACGGCCACUUCUCUGCAGGAGCCAUUUUUUUUUUGACAGACAGUCCAUACAUUCAUUCUUGUUUCAACCUCUCCACAGUGGCCACUUUUUUCUGACCCCAAGGUGGCUGUUAUAGAGAGGUUAAACUGUAAUAAUUCUCUGCAAAAAAAAAAGUAGAAGAGGCCACUGCAGUUCAACCUUGUAACCAACCAUCUCCUAUAAUAUAAGCAACCACUAACUCUUCACAUUUUGGGUGGUUGCUUAUAGGAGCUUUGAUUGUUUAAAAAUUAAUGUUAUGGGCUCUGAUCAAUACACUCUCACUAAUAUUGUAUUUAAGGAUGACUGUGCAGCUUGCAGUCAGCGACCUCAAGUUCUAACAUUCCCAAAGGAUGUCACCCUUAAAUCAGUAAUUGACUUCCUUAUGGAGACUCCAUCAUAGUAAGUAACUGUCUUGUAAGCAUAUUCAAAUGCAUUUUAAUUUAUGUGGUUUAUUUGUUUUACGAAGGCCGUUAUUUUUUUUGUCCAAUAGUCAACUGAAAGCUCCUGGCCUCACUACCAUGAUUAACGGCAAAAACAAAACCCUAUAUAUGCAGGUAGGUUGUUUUAUUAAGGUUGUUAUUAUUUUUCACCAACAAACAGAUGAAAGCUUAUGAGCUUAGUUUGGGAGAGUGCUGGUCUGCUGAGUUGGAGGUCACGGUUUCAAACCCUGGCUGGACCAACACUCAGGGUCUUUGUUAAAAUAAUUGAGAAGAAAGUGCUACCUUUGUAAUGAUAUCUGCAAACAGUUAGACUUUGUAGUCUUCUCAGAUAAGUACAAAAACCAUAGGUCCCAUCUCGCAGCACUUUCACAUGUCUGUUUCUUGUGUGAUGUAAAAGAACGCACACCACUGUUCAAAAAGAGUAGGGGACGAAGAUGUUGGUGGUGUGGCCAACCUUGAGCUGGAUGGGUUAUCUGUAAGGAGAUAUCUUAAUAUAGGGAUAAACUCAUGAACCUCCUUCAGGUGUCUUUAAUGGCUACCUGUAAACAGUGUAUGUAUAGAGCAACUAUUCUCUGCAGCCGUUUUCUUUGUUGUGGGGGAUUUUAUUGUACAGUAUCACAGAUAACUCAGCUUAGGGUAACAUUUUUUGAUACGGCACAAUAAAACCCUUUAGAUUAAGAACAGUUGAAAAACAUGCCACUUAGUCUUAUCUUGUUUACGAAACUGACCCUUACUCUCCCUUCAAUGAUUGAUGAUAUAAAAGCCUUUACUUGUGGGUAGCUUUUUUCCCUUUAAUUUGUUCAGGUAAAUAUGGUCAUAUAGACUGUGUAUCAGGCGCUUAGAAGUAACAUGAGUGCAAGAAAGAAUGGCGCACAAGGCAAAAACAUGCCUACCCCCCUCAUGCGCUCUGGUUUUUGUUACGCCUAUAUUACUUCCGAGCGCCAGCAAUGCAGGAUAACGGUCCUAGGAAAAACGUGUGUGAAAGGAGCACAUGACUAGUAGGUUUAUACUUGCAGCAAUCUUGGAACAAAGAGACUCUAAAUAUUUUCAGCUGCUCAUUUCAUGGUGAUGACGGGGUUCACCAGUCUGUAGCACACACAGUGUGGUUCCAUAAUCUUUUAAAUGUGCCUUUUCCCAAACUGUUUUUUAGUCUGUGAAGUCUAUAGAGGAAAGAACAAGAGAGAAUCUACCCAAGAGAUUGAAAGGUACUGUACUGGUUUAUGCAUCUUGGAUGCGACAUCCCUACAGACUAAUCUGCCCAUUGUUCCUGGAAGGAGUUUGCCAAAAGAAUGAUUAUUCCACCACAGUUUGUCAGAUUUUUCCUUACUCUAAUAUUUUUUGUAGAAGGUUUAGCAAACUCAAAGGAGAAUAUAGGGUGGUUGAGCGUAAUAAAUAUGCCAACCAACUAUUGCUCAAUAAAACCAAACAAAACCAUUACUAUUUUCUUCAUUUUUUAAACUGUUAUAAUCCCCUAAAAUGGCUGUGUUGCACACAAGAGGUGGUCAUCUGUAGAGGUUCGUACCCUAGUGAUAUGUAUAACCCGAGACUGACCAAUGGAGAAGAGAAGUCGUUACGUCACGUUGCCAUGGUAGUAAAAGUUUUAGAUGACAACAAACCGAUAAAGUCAUUUAAAAGUCUUUUCGCACUAUUUCAAACUUUACCGAUCUUAUUCAGUUUCAUUUAAUUUUGCAAAUCUUGGCGAAAUUUUCUUUGGGACCGUAUCUAUUGUUAUCUAAGUUAAGGAAAUCACACAAUUUCCAGACCCUCUCUUGAUUACAACAAUAUUUUCCUCUCUCUCAGCCAAUCAGCGCUCAAUAAUUUUGUCCUUUAACUAAUGCGUGUGAUAUAUAUAUGUGCCACAUGGCCGCACAGGAUAAGAAAUUUCUCUUCACGUGUUGAAACAUAUUUCUCCAGUGAGUGCAGCGAACGGGUAAAAUAUUUUUCAACACGAGAAGCCUUUGCGCGAAAACAUGAUAUCUUCGCAUGGGAACAGAUCACCGUUGCUAUGGCUUCAUAAUAAAUCGCGCCUUUCACAGUACAAAAACUGUUAAAGUGAAAUGAUGUGGUUAUUCAUUGGUGUUUACAUAGUAAAUAGAACAUUACAUGGAACUACGAAAUUUCUCUUCUCGUGUUGAGAACACUCGAAGAGACUGAAUUUUGUAUCUCCGCGCGGCCAUGUGUUAGAAGAGGGGUGGGUUGUAUACUAAGGGGAGGUGGUUGCUCAAAGAAUUUACACUGUAUUUAUUUUCCUUUCAUCUUUGUUAUCAAUCCUUUCAGAUAUUGGACUUGUUGACGGUCAAGAGAUUGUAGUAGCCGAUGCCACAACACCUAAACCAUUAAUUGUUAAAAUACACUUUUCAUCUGACAUGGAAUGA